UGUCAAGCUAUCUCGUCAAUAACUGCGGAAGGGUAACAUUUUGGGAACUUCCUGAUAUACGAUUAUAGUAUGUGAGAUAAACAUGACAUUGUACGUCUAGAAACUUAAAUAACAGAAUGACGGAUUGUAGGGAAAAAUUGAUUGGGCUCAGAAAAUGCUGUACAGGCCAUCAAUGGGACGAGAGGACGGAAAUCUGUAAAAAGUGCGGGUCUGGCUAUUUUGGAGUGAACUGCGGUCAGUCAUGUGAUUUCCCUGGUUUUGGAGUUGGUUGCCAAGGAGAGUGUAAAUGUUCACGGGAGAAGUGCAAUGUGUCCUGGGGAUGUCCGAAGAAAACGACGACCACCAAGAUCUAUACAACCAAACAGUCUGUAGUCAGCACCUCGAACGAAAAGUAUUACGUCACCACUACCAGAACUAAAUAUAGCACCACCAGCGCCACCACGGAGACAAAGGUGGAUAAUCAGACUUCAGGGCCGGGACUAACACAGCAACUCUCUCCAUUAGACGCCUUCUUUACCACACAGAACCUUUUGAUAAUGGCUAUUUUCGGAGUAGGAUUAAUUUUCUUAACUCUUCUUUUGGGCUGUACUUGUAGAAUUAUUUACAAAAAAAUAAUUUCAAAGCGAAAAUUGAAUUGUGAUAAAAAGGAAAAUCGCCCGGAUAUUGUGCAAGACGAAAACCAUUAUGAAGAAAUAUCCAGUAUUUUAGUCGUAUCUAACCAGGGGAUUAAUUAUUCUCCUCUUCUCCAAAAUUCAACAGACGGGCGAGAUGUAACUCUAGAAAGAUUCAAUACUUCCGAAGAAAAGGAAAACCUUGAGGAGUUCGAAGACCAAGGAUAUGAAAACAAUGCGAUCACUAAACCUACAAAACAUUUCCCUGUCGAUGAUCCGUCGGAUCAAGAGUUACCUGGUACACAUCAUGAAUUAACGGACUCAGAAGGAUAUCAGCUACCACACUCCUCCUCCACUGGGAUGUCAGACGGAUAUAUUGACGCAGAUUUCUGUAUGGCGAAGGAAACACCUGACAAUGACAGAAGUACAGAAAAUGCUGCUCAGGAUAUAAGUGGGACGAGAAGACGGUGGGUUGUGUCAAGUGCAGGCCUGGCUAUUUUGGAGUGAACUGUGGUCAGUCAUGCGCUUACCCUAGUUACGGAGAUGGUUGUCAACAAGAAUGCAGAUGUACACAGCAAGAGUGUGAUGUGUCCUGGGGAUGUCCGAAGAAAACGACGACCACCAAGAUCUAUACAACCAAACAGUCUGUAGUCAGCACCUCGAACGAAAACGAAAAGUAUUACGUCACCACUACCAGAACUAAAUAUAGCACCACCAGCGCCACCACAGAGACAAAGGUCGAUAAUCAGACUUCAGGGCCGGGACUAACACAGCAACUCUCUCCUUUAGACGCCUUCUUUACCACACAGAACCUUUUGAUAAUGGCUAUUUUCGGAGUAGGAUUAAUUUUCUUAACUCUUCUUUUUGGGUGUGCUUGUAGAAUUAUUUACAAAAAAAUAGUUUCAAAGCGAAAAUUGAAUUGUGAUAAAAAGAAAAAUCGCCCGGAUAUGGUGGAAGACGAAAUCCAUUAUGAAGAAAUACCAAAUAUUUUAGUCGUAUCUAACCAGGGGAUUAGUUAUUCUCCUCUUCUCCAAAAUUCAACGGACAGGCGAGAUGUAACUCUAGAAGGAUUAAAUGCUUCCGAAGAGAAAGAAUGGGAAAACCUAGAGGAGAUCGAAGACCAAGGAUAUGAAAAUAAUGCGAUCACUAAAUCUACGAAACAUUUCCCUGUCAAUGAUCCGGCGGAUCGAGAGUUACCUGGUACACAUCAUGAAUUAACGGAUUCGGAGGGAUAUCAGCUACCACACUCCUCCUCCACUGGGAUGUCAGGCGGACCUACUGGCGCGGGUUGUCGUAUGGUAAAAGAGACAUCUGGCGAUGACAGAAGUAACUAUUUGACGGUGCUUCCUAAUUCAGCCCAACAUUAGACUGAAUCACUGUAGUUUACGAAACCUGUUAUCCUGCCUAUCACGUCAAAGAGACCAUUGCUUAUUGGUGGUAUGAAAAGCAUUCAACGCCAUGCUAGUAGAACAAGUCUUGAUUGUGUUCCAGUCACAGACAAUUGUAUCACUUGGAUUCGAAUUUUAAAGAGUAAUGCCUGGUUCCCACUGCCGUGCGAUCUGUUACGAAUGCCACGAUUGACCAUUCGUGGCUGAUCGCGGAAGUUUUCUGGAAUUUCCGGGGCGCGUUCAAGAUCGUAGCGGUUACGUAGGGCUCGGUAUUGCUACGAUCUUGAACGAUGUGCUAGGCUACUAGCUCUAUGUAGGGAUAACAAGCGUUAAUACAUAAAAUGCGUUCAAUAGACCUACAUGUAGAUAUCUAGCCUAGCAACUAGGAUAGCCGCUACGAUCUUGAAUACAGCCCAGGUUUUGAUACGAGGUGAUGCGAGUUGAUAUACGUUCUUGUAUGCAUUGCUGCGAUUUGAUAUGGAAAUCUAUCGUGACGAUAGAUAAAUUUCAGGUGACACGAUCUGAACAUUGUUCUGAUAAGAUUGCUCCGAUCAAGUUCACGAUUGGACCUCGAUCACAUACAAUCAUCACGAUCCGGGUUCCCGAUUCGGGACGAUCAUGUACAUACAGAUAAGUCCGUAUACUUGUUACGUUACGAUGCCUUAAUCACGAUCCGAUGCGCUAUGUUGCGAUAAGAUACGAUUGAUAUCGCGAUAUCUUUCACGAUUAGAUCGAAGAUGGUCACUGUUUGAGCUACAGUUGGACCCCGACAUGUAUAUAUACAGCCAGACUGACCAUUGACUUCAUUUUUUUAACAUCUAGAAAGUGAACAAUACAACACACUACCACAGAAAAUGGCGGAAGUGAAGGUUAAUGACCACGUGACAUUGGCAGCACUACUGUAUUAUAACUAUCGCGACAGAUCGUGUUUACAAGUGUGGUGUUUAUCUCGUAAAAGAUUCACCGGAAUCAUCACGAUAUGGGAGCACGACUAGAUGCGAUAAACUGCGCUUUGUUACGAUGCAAUACGAUCUGAGGCGAUUAAAAGGACUGAAAAUUAAUCGUGUUAAUUGUAGACAUUUUUUUCUAUAAUCAACACAAUUGUUACGACUCACGUCAAGAUUAAGUAAGAUUUGAUACAAUUCCAAAAUUAAGACCACGAUUUCAAUCAUGCCGCGAAUCGUGAUUGUGGGAACAGCAUAAAUGUAUAGAUUUCUAAAUUUAGGGUACCCAAGCAUGCCAAGAAUUCCCGUCCGGUCUGAAUUCAUUGGCGUCAAUAGGACCAUAUUACAUGCUGAUUAAUAAUAGUCGUCGCUUAUCUCUUAAUUGCAGUCACUGAUUUAUAACGGUUUUUCUAUACCGGAGAUAUUUUGCUAGGAAUUUCUUGGGUUGCAUGUUCGCCGAUAAAAAACAAUCAACCAAAGUGGUAAAAAAAAAUCUACUGUGUAUUCUAAUAUUAUCACACAUAAUCAAUCUACAUUACUACAUGUACAAAUGUUCAUCGCGAAAUUCUGUAUACUUCCCAAGAUAUACAGAAAUUAAUUCCGAAAAAUGUCUAUUAUUUUUUGGUCGACUUCUAGCUGGGCUCUGGUAUUAUACGACUAAACAAAAUGGCUGUGCAUUACAACAUAUAUACCAUAUUAAAGUUGAAUUUUUUUUUUAUCCCGAUUCAUAAACUGAAGUCCGCACUAGCUCCAAGUGACUGCAAAUUGUAAAACCGUCUUCACUCUCACUUAUCACAGCCAUUUGAACGGUGUCAAGAUACCUUUGCGCUUAAUAGUAAAUUCGAAUCCAAGCGAUAUAAUUGCGUGGUUGAAAUGAACAACUCAUAUUUUAUGUGCGUUCAUGCAUCUUAGCUAGUCAAGGGUUUUCGGUCCACUCCGCUCCCCAUUAAUGGGAGCGGAGUGCAUGGACCUAAAACCCUUGGCUAGCGAAGAUGGCGUUCAUGAAGUCAAACGAGUGUAUAAUUACUUCAAUAAAAAACAGAAAACAGGUA